GAGCUUCCAGGGCCCUCGCUGGGGUCUGCGGGUUCCUGCCCCCAGCGCGCUGAGCGUACCCGCCCGAGGGAGGAGCGCUGGGGCGGGGCGGCGCUCCGGACACGCGGCUCCCAGGAGCUCGGCGAGGAACGCGGAAGAUGCCCGCAGCGCGCCGGAUCCCGCGUCGGUCUGGGAAAGAUCUUAGGUUCCGUCCCGCCAGGAGUCGCCGCGGCCGAGUUGGAGUUGGCAGGACGCGGAUGGCGAUGGGAGAACGGUCGUGUUCCUGGAUGUUAAACGGGCUGCUCUUAAGGAACCCAGAAAUCAUUGUGUCCACAAGUGCCUGGCGGUGCCAAGGAGUCCUGGCCGUCCCUUAGGAUACUGUCGCGCGAUGGAGGUGGUUCGAGUGUCAGAAAAGAAGUCGGAUCUGCGGGCAUCGUGUGCGGGUCGUGGUGAGAUUCAGUGCUGAAAACAAGGGCACGGCGGAGAUUCGCGGGACCUUUGUGGCUGCAACCCUCAUCUUGGGAUCUCUUAUCUAGCCCUGCCGGCACCUAACCCCUGAGGACUCCGCGUGCCCCGUCUGCGGAUCCCGCUCCUCUUCCUGGGCGAGGCCUCCUUUGUCCAGUGCGACCUGAGAAGAGAAGCCCCGGAGCUGCCCAGACAUCCCAGGCCAGGUGCAGCCGGCAGGGGGCCGGCGAGCGGAGGACAUCAGUCAGUAGAUUUAGGACCCAAUCUACGCAGGAUGACCUCAUCUUGACGUCUUCAACUUGAUUCCAUCUGUAAAGACUCUAUUUCUAAAAUAGGUCACAUUCAGAGAGUCAUUUGGAGUUGGCUGGACUGUGGAAAACUCUGAAAGCUACAGCUGCUGACCCACUCAGAGAACAUAGAACCCCUGACCUGAUUGGAUGGAAUUUCCUACCAGCAUUGAUGAGACCCAUUCUACAAUCUUCUGGAACAUAGAAUUCCACAAACUACAGGAUUCCAGAAAUAACUCACCUUCUGAAUCUUGAGAGUGAAGAAGUUGAAGAUUUUGCUGGGAUCAUAUAAGUGCCCCAAAGACCUAGAAAUGGUGUUGCCUAAAGGUCAAGAUGACUGGUCCAAAGAAGACAUUGUGAAGUUAUUGGAAUGUAUGGAGAAUAACAUUCCAUCCAAUGACAGGCACACGUUCAAAACAACCCAGUCACUGAUGGACUGGGAAAAAGUAGCUUUUAAAGAUUUUUCUGGGGAAAUGUGCAAACUCAAAUGGUUAGAGGUUUCUUAUAACUUGAGAAAAUUUCGCACUUUGAAAGAAUUAGUCCUGGAAGCAAAGGAAAAUGUUAACAAUCCUUACAAAUGCAGAAAACGCAAGAAGCAUCCUGAUUUACCCAAGAAGCCCUUGACAGCUUACCUCCGCUUUUUCAAAGAGAUGCGACCCCAGUACAGCCAAAAACACCCUAAGAUGAGCAACCAGGAGCUGACCAAGGUUCUGUCUGAGGAAUACAAGAAGCUUCCAGAGCAGCUGAAGCUGAAAUAUAGUCAAGAUUUCCAGAAGGAGAAACUGGAGUUUGAGGAGAAAAUGGCACUAUUCAGAAAACAGCACCCUGAUCUAGUCCAGAACUCCACGAAAUCUGAUGUCCCCAAAGGAAGCCAAAUCAAAGCACCAAAGAAGUUUCAGGGAAAUGUGCAAAAAGUGGAGUCUCCCCCAGAAAACAAUUUAUCCAUGAAGAGAAAAUUCCAUGGAGAGCCCAAGAAGCCACCUAUGAAUGGAUAUCACAAGUUCCACCAGGAUUUGUGGUCGAGUAGGGAGCUUCAAGUGGUGCCCCUGAGGGAGCGCAUGGUGGAGAUUAGUAGAUGCUGGCAGCGUGUCCCACAGAACCAGAAGGAGCGUUAUAAGAAGGAGGCUGAGGAACUGCAGAAACAGUACAAGGUUGACCUUGAUCUCUGGCUCAAGAGUUUGUCUCCUGAAGAAUAUGCUGCUUACAGAGAGGCCACCUAUACUAAGCGUAAGAACAUGAGCAUGACAAGGGGCCCAAACCCCAAGGUUAGAAGGAUGGAUCUGCAGUUCCCAUCAUCAGGGAAUCUUCAAGGAGGGCCUGGACUGGAGCAGGGGCUUCAGUCUCCAGAGGUAGAAUCAUCAAACACUAUUGGAGAACAUUCUCCUGCCUCAGGGAGAUCAGACGAAAACGAGAAAGAUGAGGAAGAGGAGGAAGGCAGCAACUCCUCAGACCACAGCAGUGGGAAUGAAGAUGAAAAUUGUGAGUCUGAGGACAGUGGCUCCAGCUCAUCUACCUCAGGGAACUCCUCUGACUCAGAUUCCAACUGAGCUUUGUUCACCAUCUGAGCGAUGGGAUAGAGAACUUCCUAGCAAAUGGACAUGGCAUCUGCAUCAAAUUAAAGCAUUCUUCUCCCUGUGCCCUUUCAUUGCCUUCCUUCUUUCCUUCCCUCUUCAAUAUAAAGUAGGAGGGACCUGUUGGAUAGAAGGCAUCUUGUACAGUAAUUUCUUUCUCCUCCCUGUAGCCCAAGUCCACCCCCAGAGACAGUCAAUGCAAUGAAGACUCUUGGAAUAAACAAUGAGCUGGUUGGGCUGCAGUGCACACUGGGCUAGACUGAGUUUCCUGAACAGAGAAAUUUUGCUCUCCUCAUCUUCUGCUUCCAGAGCUGUGAGGGAGCCCCGAGGAGUCUGUGACGUCUCCCUUCUCUGUGGUGCUGUCUCUCAGGACUCUUGCACGGGAAGCGGGGAGGGGGAGAUUUGACAGACUGGAGCUAGGAGAGUUGCCUUUCAGAAAAUUGUCAAGCUCCUGAUGUCUUUCAUCCUGCUCUCUGAAGUGAGGAGUUGGCCCUUCCUUAAUUUGUGAGUGGGCAGGGGUAUGUCGGCAGCAGCAUUUCUACAUGUAUAUUUAUCUCUUAGCUAUCACUGAGAUUUUUCUUACUGUUUUCAAAAAUUAGAAAUUAAAUUCUUAGAACCACACCAUUUCCAUCUGAAUGAAAUGCUUCUCAAAAUCAGUGUCCUUUGACUCUUGGCACUAAUUUUCCAGGCCAUGUCUAAAUGUAUUCUGGUUUCUGGUCCAGCUCCUUCCAAAUGCUUCAGGUUGUAAGUGAACCACGUUUUUACCAUACACUUAAUUUAUAGGUAUUAUGUUAUGACUUUGUACCUGUUGUGUGUAUAAGUAUUUUAGUCCACAGACUAGUGUUUGGGAAUUCAUGUACCAGUUUGACACUGCUUUUAUUGUGAUUUACUGAUAUAUUUGAAAAUGUGUUUAAAGA